AUGCUUAAGAAUAUUAUAUAAUCGAAAUAUUGUCCUAUUUUUCUGAGUAGUUUGAUAUUUCUAUACUACCUUCAUUAUUUCCUACCUUUAUUGAUAUUAGCUUAUUUUAUAAUAGCUCAUUUUGUUCAUUUAUAUUAGAGAGGUCCUAUAAGAAAAUACAAUUAAAUUAAUUUGGAAGGAAAGAUUGUUAUAAUAACAGGAGCAAGUGCUGGAAUAGGAAAAGAAACUGCAAGAAAGUUAGCUUGGUAAAAUGCUACAAUUAUAUUUGCAUGUAGAGAUGAAUAAAAAACAAUAAAAGUUAUUAAUGAAAUAAAAUAAGAAACAGGAAAUUCAAAAUUACAUUACAUGAAUCUUUAAUUAGAUGAUUAUAAUAAUGUCAAAGAAUUUGUUAAAGAUUUUAAAAAUAAAUUUACUUAAUUAGAUAUUCUUAUUAAUAAUGCUGGUAUAGCAUAAUGGUGGCAUAAAUAUAAUAAAAAUAAUCAUGAAUUAGUUUUUGCUACUAAUUAUUUAGGACAUUUUCUACUAACUAGAUUAUUAAUGGAUUCAAUGAGUAAGGAAAGCAGAAUAAUAAUAGUUUCAUCUGUUAUGCAUGAAAUGAUUAGAUCUAAAUUAAAUUUUAAUGAUGUUUUGAAUGGUAAAUAUUUAGAAAAUUAUAAUAAUACUAAAUAUUGUGGAGUUUUAUUAUGUUAAAAGUUAUCUAGAAUAUUAAAAUCUACAAAAGUUGUAGCUCUACAUCCAGGAGUGAUAAAAACUGAAUUAUUAGAUAAGGCUGGUAAUACUAUAAUAUUGUAAUUAAUAUAAAAGAUGUUAUUUUGGUUAUUUAGACCUAUGACUUUAUCAGUUGAAGAAGGUGCUGAAACAACAAUAUAUUGUGCAUUAAUGCCUUAUAGAGAAUUAUUGAAUGGAGGAUACUAUGAAAAAAAUAGAUUAAGCAAGUAUAGUAAAAGUAUUGAAAAAUUAAAUUAAGUAGAGGAAUUGUGGGAAUUCAGCCAUUAAAUAUUAAAGGAAUAUUUGUGA